UUGAUUUAAAAUCUUAGUGGAAAAAGAGAAAGGUUUAGGAAGGUGGAAGAGACUUUCCCUCCUACACUACACACUAGUAAACUUAGCUAGUUUUUCUCCACACGUUUCAUUCUUACGUUUGUAUUCUAUUGUGGCAAAUGGCGACGGAAAUGGAAUCGGCAUUGAUAUUUCUGGGAACGGGAAGUUCGGGAUCGGUUCCCUCCAUGAGUUGCCUCAUUGAACCUUCAGAUCCGCCGUGUUCUGUUUGCACUCAAUCCCUGUCUCUCCCACCUCAAUCCAACCCUAACUACAGGUGCAAUACCUCUCUGUUAAUCAAAUAUUACUCUCAAACCGAUGCCACUCAAAAAUAUAUAUUGAUUGAUGCUGGCAAGACCUUCAGGGAGUCUGUACUUAGGUGGUUUGUUUUCCAUCGCAUUCCCAGAGUAGAUUCUAUUCUUUUGACUCAUGACCAUGCUGAUGCAAUCCUUGGAUUGGAUGAUAUUCGUGCUGUGCAGCCAUUUAGUCCCACAAAUGAUAUUGAUCCCACCCCAGUUUACUUAACUCAACGCUCAAUGGAGAGAAUGGAAACGGUCUUUCCUUAUUUGGUUAAGAAAAAACAGAAAGAAGGGCAAGAAAUCAGAAGGGUGGCCCAGUUUUGCUGGAACAUAGUUGCUGAAGAUUGUAACCAACCUUUUUUUGCAUCAGGCUUAAAAUUGAUUCCUUUGCCAGUAAUGCAUGGAGAGGAUUAUAUCUGUCUGGGUUUCCUUUUUGGUAAUAAAGAUAGGGUGGCUUAUCUUUCUGAUGUUUCACGGAUUCCAGCUAGUACAGAGUAUGACCGGAUCACACAAUGUUCACUUUUGCCUUCCACAGUUUUGAUAGGCUCUCCAGUUUUGGCAGACAUAUGUGGUGUUGAAAGUCUUAUAUUGCCUACCUCAAUUCUUGGAGUGUAGCUCAUAUUUGUUGGGCCCUUGAAACUGUGAAGAGGUUGUGUCCGAAGCAAACCUUAUUGAUUGGAAUGACACACGAAUUUGAUUACUACAAGGACAAUGAGUUUUUAAUGGAGUGGUCCAAAAGGGAAGGACUAUCGGUACAACUUGCUCAUGAUGGCUUGAGAGUUCCCAUAAACUUAUAGUAAGGUAAUACUCAUGAACUCGAAUCUAAGUCUCAAAAAGUAGCAUUGAUAAAUAUGUUGUAAAUUCAAAGUUUAAAAGUUUGUUACUAGCUAUGUAAGCAAGUCUGUCUGCCAUUGUUUUCUGUAACACACAUUCUGUCAAGUAUAAUUCCUAUUGUAAGUGAUGGCGAACAUGUUAUUAGAGCUUA